GUGUCAGGAAAAACGCGAAAGGCGAUGAUAUCGGUUAAAAUCCAACACACACUGACAAGGACUCUUUACGGAUACGAAAAUGUGCACUUCCCUAUCUUCCCUACUCCUCCAUCCCUGUCCCCCAGCAGGAUGUCUGACAAGCAUUAUAUUCAGCAGGUGCUCAUCUCACAGUAACGGAUGUUUGCUAGGGCGACAUCCCACAGACAUCAGGAGUGACAGGAGUAUUUGUGACCUGACCACCCAGCUCCUAUUUUACAAAGUUCGCUCUCCCAGCUGACAACUUUUCUCUGUUUCACCACCUUUACAUCAUUUUGAAUUAAGAACAGGUUGUAGACAGUAGUUGCUAGUGGAGACGAUGGCAGGAAACAAGAACCAAAUGGUACAAAUGCUGCUGUGGAUGACCAUCGCCUUUUGUUGUAUGACAGUCGGCUCAGCGUGCAGAUGUGCGAUAAGAAGAGAUGAAAACUACUGCAGGAAUGAUAUCGUGUUUCAAGGAAGACUUGUAGCCAGACAUCUGGAGGACGCCCACAUUACGGGAAAUUGGACCUUCGUUUUUGAAGUCGACAGAAUCUUCUGGACAAACAACAAUUUUGCUGGAAGGAGACUUGUUCUGACUACUCCAAACAGCACCGCCCUUUGUGGAGUAAACUUUGAAGUAAACUUACUUUACCUCGUUGCUGCUAACCAGAGGGAUGGACAGCUAUACACUAUUUCGUGCUUGGGAAACGUUGCUUGGAAAUAUCUUGAUAAAAACUGGAAGAUGUUUUUCUCAAACCGACUACAAAAAUUGUGUGCUUCCGACGAACCUCUGAAAUAAAGCUACUUUUUUCUCGUGGUGACAAAAGAAAAAUUUCUUUACAAAACACAAUUUCGAAAGCACACUAUACCAUGCUUUGUUAAUCGCAACAAUGAAGAACAGACGUUAAACAAUUAAAUUUAUAUGUUCCACAUCAAAUCAAACCAGUUUUAAAGUAAUAUUUGAGUGGGUUAUCAUUACAGAUAAAGCUCUACACAUUUUGAUUACCUAUAAUUUUAGCAUAGGUAUAUACAAAAUACUCAAAAGACUGAAAACUCAUCUGCUUCUUUCAAACCAGUCUUAAACUACCAAGAAACACUUCUGACUAUAUUUUUUUACUUUUGGUGUUUUAUAUAUUUGUUCACUUUAUUUUUCUUCUUUUGUUUUUUCUGCGAAAUGAGCAUUCUUCUGAAUGGAUACCUGCGCAUUAUAAAUUGACAUCAUCAUCAUCAUCAAACGUGCAACGUUCUCUACCCGAGAGACUUGAUCUGAAAAGGGCGAUAAACGUGUUCGCGGUGGUGUUGCUCGCUUACCUCCCCUACCCUCUCCUCUCUCUGUAUCUCUUAGUGUGUCUAAACUUACUAGGUUGUCUAAGUUUGCUAUUCGUAAUAAAGGAACGUUAUAAUUUAUUCAGAAAGCUUUUUGUCUUUUUCAUUUUCUGGGAGCCACUGGCAAUGUUUUAGACAGAGAAAAAUAAACAUUAAAAAUCAACAACAACAACACGUAGCUACGACCUUACCAGGACAACAGGAGUAUCAUUGGCAGACGAUUGCCAACACUUGUUUGUGCUUACUAUGCCAGAAAAAAGAACACACACACACACAAGAAAACACACUCUUU